AGGCUGAAGGCAGUCGCAUGCUGAAAAUGGACGUGGAGGGAGCUGAGUUUGCUGCGAUCUUGGCCUGUGACAUCGACGCGCUGGCUUCCUUCGACCAGAUCUGUUUGGAACUGCACUGGCUGGGCCGCCCCCAACGCGACGGAGGCAUAGGCAUGCAGGCUGCAGCGUUGGAAAAGCUGCUGGAUGCGCAUUUUGUUCUGCUUCAUGCGCAUGGCAAUAGCUAUGGGGAUGUUGUGGAGGUGGCGGGAUGCCUCCUGCCCGAUGUUCUUGAGGUUUUGUACGUGAACCGGCGCCUGUUGGAUCCCACGGAGUAUCGUCCCAACGAGACUGGGCUGGUGCCCAAGGACAUCUUGGAUGCCAACAACUGCCCCUUCGUGCCGGACAUUUGCCUCGUAGGAGCCCCGUUUGGUGCAGACGUGCCGUUACCGCCGACGGAGCCAAAAAGGGACCCGGCGGUGACCCAUGUGGUGCCGCGGAGCCGAGCCAUGCGGGUUGAUGAUUUGCAGAAGUUUCGGGCUUUGCGACAACAGUUUGUUCAUGCAUCAGAAAGACUUGCUUUGCUACAGGUCCAGGGAGCUAUUUGGUCUGAUGAUGAAAUUGCGUAUCACCUGAGCACGCUGAUUUCUGGUGCCACUUCUCUCUCACCGAAGCCGCCUGAUGUCUUGACGAUUGAUCCGUUGUUGAGUACUGCAUGGACUGAGGGCUCCGCUUUCUCCAUUGAUGUCUGGGCCAAGGAUCAUGCCAGGGUUGUGCACGAAGGCAUCCAGGUCAUUGGGGCCUGCCGCAUCCUGGAUCAUUGGGUACCGUUUCAUGUUGUGCCAUGCCAACUCCAUGCAAAUGUAUUCACAUGGGAUGUGCCAGCGCAUGAUCAUGCUCGUCUGAAUGCGUUUCUUGAGAGUCUCGUGAAGAGCCUUGGGUUUCAGUCAUUUGUCGUCAAUCGCCAACAACGACUUUACUUUGUGUCUGAUCGGUGUGGUGCUUUGGCAAUACAUUUCCUUCACAGUGCAUUAUUUGGAACGCAGCUGCCCACCAGCGCGGAUGAUGCUGACCAGGUCCAUCAAAAACUCCGCCAGCGAUUUGUUGAACUCAUUGGCAAAACUGAGUAUGUCAUUCGCCCCUGGAUUUGGGGAGCUGGUGACUCGUCCUCUGACGCUGAGGGAGAACUCCAGAAUCCUCCAUCAGUUGACGUACCAGAUUUUGUUUUAGUUCCUGAACCUGUUGGGGUUGUCAGCCGGGUGUUUGAUGUGGUCUCUCCACAGUCUGAUCCUGAUCUUGAGGCUGCCUCUUCAACUGAAUCCGUGGAUCUGUCUCAGCCAUUGUCGACAGCGCCAAAUUGUGAUCACCAGAUUGUCUCAACCAGUGCCGGUUCACAAGUGACUGAAGUCUGUUCAGGUGCGAGGUCUAGGUCCAGGUCACCUCGUUUGACUGAUGGUGCUCGAUGCUCUCGUGCUGAUCCUACCGUGCCUGCUCCCGAUGCAGACGGUGCCACUGGGGAAUCCGGGCCACUCCCUAUAAUGCCCGGUCAAUCUGCUGAUAUUGAACAUAUUGUCCGUGUGGGUGAUGACACUAUCCCUGUCACGUUUGCCGUGGUCCCAGGUUGGGGUGAUGCCCAAGUACCUGCCCGUGGUUUGUAUGAUGAAGGCGCCUACAGCCGAGAAUUGUGGUCCAGGGUUGAAUGGGAUCGGGAUGACCUCAUUGCCUUGAGUCAAGCCCAGAUGCUGCAGGUGCAACCACCGCAUGUCCCAAAUCCGACUAAGCUUUGGUCUCUCCGUGGCCAGCGGAUGCCUUUCUGUGACAGACUUGCCUUGCUCCGUAACCAGCUCGGUGCGGUUGCUGAUGAUGAGAUUCGGUAUCACCUCAAUGUUCUGAAGGAGGAAUGUUUGAGUGGGGUCGACUUUCCUGCUAAAGAAAUCGUUGUUGUUGAUCCGUUGGUAUGUGCGGCUUGGAUCGAUCCUGUGUCCUUCGAUUGCACGGAGUGGGCUGCCACGCAUCCGGAGAUUUUUGAAGCUGGUCUACAAGUGGUUGGGGUCUUCUGUUUCGAUUCCCAUUGGAUCCCUGUGCUUAUCACUCCAUGGGGUGAAAAUGUCCGUAUUGCUUCUUUUGACGCCACUCCUGCGUUGCCUGAUGAAAUUGCAAGCGUGCUCACAAGAGUCGUCCAUGCCUUGGGUUUUACUGAAAUUCAUUUUGACCAUGUUCCCCGCACUUUUGCCAUGAAAACUGUCUGUGGUGCGGUCGCUAUCAAUUUUCUUCGCAGUCAGGUUGGAGGGUUUCCUCGGAUUGGUACCAACUUUUCUGCUUGGGAAGAACACCACUGCCUCCGACGGCGCUUUAUGCAUUAUGCUGGCAAUGUCACUGAAGUUCCUAGACCCUGGUUUUGGGGUUUGGGUGAAGCUCCUGAUGAUUCCGCUGAUGAGGAUUGCCUUGGCCUGAGUGAGGAGCCGUUGCAGCGUGAAAGUUCUGCUCCACCCAAUGACCGUCCGGUUCAGGUGACGGUGGGCAGGUUGGUUGAUCUUGCCACUGGAGGGGUUAGCCCUGAUCUGGAAUGGCUCCUUUCUUGCUCAGCCUUUCAGUUGCUUGAGAGUGGUUGCCCAUGCAUUGUGGAUCUUCAUCAACUUGCUCUUCUUCGAGCUCAACUCUUGCCCAGUGCGUUUCGGAGACAGCUAUUGGCGGUUCAGUUCGGCAUUUGGUCUGAUGAUGAGUUGCGUUUUCAUCUGCAUGACCUUGCCCAUCGAUGUGUUGUUUACCAAGGAGGGGUUGUCAUUCGCAAAGUCGUCGUUUUGGACCCUUUGCUCACAGCUGCAUGGACUUUACCAGGCUCGAUCUCUCCAGAGUCGUGUUCUCGGCUGUUUCCAAAGGUUGUCAGUGAUCAGCUUCACCUUGUGGGUGCCUUCAGGAUUGCUUCCCAUUGGGUCCCCAUCCUUUUGGUCCCAUGUGGUGAGUGUGUCCAGAUCGUGUCCAGUGACUACCAAGCCGGCCUUCCUGCUCAAUGGAUCAACUGCCUGGUGUCUUUUGUUUAUGCCUUGGGAUUCCGCAGCAUCCGAUUUGAUCACGAUCAACGCCUUUUCCAGUGCCGUUCUGCUUGUGGUGCGGUUGCGAUCAAUUUCUUGGCCUUCCGUCUGGGUUUGGGUGUUCGAGUUUCGACGUAUGGUGCGGUGUGGCAGAGUCAUGUAGCCCUGCGUACCAAGUUUGCAAAUGCUUUGUCCAGUACCAACCUUGUCAGCCGCCCAUGGGUAUGGGGAUCUGGUGAUGAUGAAAGUUCAGAGCACUCCUGGCCUUCUGAUGAUGUUAUUGCAGCUCCUGUUGAGCCUGAGGGCGGUUCUGCAGGGGAACUCUCUCAAAGGAGUGGGGUCGAUAACAGUGUGCCGUUCUCCCAUGUCUGCAUCACUACUGAUCAGCGCAUUGACUUGUUUGCAACCCAUGGGAGGUCUAUGGGAGAUGAUGAGAUUCGUUUUCACCUGAACAUGCUGGUGGUCCAACGUCAGUCUCUGGGUGCCAGCAGUUCUGGCCCACGACCUGUGGUUAUCCCUGUUGAGAGCCUCAAUUUUCUGAAUCGGAAUGAUGUUGGGCAUAUUCUCAUUGAAAAGUGGUGUCAAGGAGUUCCGCAAGUCAAGACGCAUGGUCACCAGAUUGUUGGAGUUUUGCUGGAAGGUGAACAUUGGCUGCCCAUCUGGGUUGUCCCGGCAGGGAUGGUUACCCAUCUGCCAGGAUCAAUUUGA